AUGACUACCAAAACCACCUCUCAACAACAACCACCCAAUCCACCCGUAAAGUUCCUUGGCGUCCGGAGACGUCCAUGGGGCCGAUACGCAGCCGAGAUUCGAGACCCAUCAACCAAAGAGCGACACUGGCUCGGCACCUUUGACACGGCUGAGGAGGCUGCUCUUGCUUACGACAAAGCUUCACGGUCUAUGCGCGGCCCUCGCGCACGGACCAACUUUGUCUACUCCGACAUGCCUCCCGGAACUUCCGUCACUUCUAUCCCUUGUCCCAAUGAUCCAAACCAAACCCAAUUUAAUCCCCAUAACAAUCAGCAACAAUUUUCACUUUCUAAUGAUUCUGUUUGGUCAUCUUCUUCAUUAUUUACCCAAGAAAAUGAUCAUUGUGCUAUUUAUAGUAAUUAUAUUAAUGGAAGUAAUGAUGAUUAUAAUGGUGGUUAUGUGAAUAAUGGUAAUGAGAUUGAGCUUCCUCCUUUGCCUGAUCAGUAUACAGGUCAGUUGGGUCAGGGUUCUUGGGUCGACCCAUUUGGUGGAUCCGCAGUUGGUGGAUCUACAGUUGGUGGAUCUAUGUCGGAUUAUAUGGGUUUUGAUACUACUAUGGCUGGGUAUGUACAUAGCCCAUUGUUUAGUUCAAUGCCUACCGUUGAGCAUGGGCUUGACCCAUUUAAUUUGGGUUCGUCAUCAUCUUUUUUCUUUUAG